UCUGCUGCUUGAAUAAUUAUGUGGCAGUUUCCUAUGGCUUUGCUGGGUACCUUGUAUGCUUUGGCAUUAAAAAGCGCCAAGCUGCCAGCGUUCUUCACUCCAAAGCUGCACCCUGCCACCCGAGCCAGCUGCGGAGAGCAGCCCCCUGGUCCGACCAUGACAAACCUCAGGCCCCCUCCCUGCUGUGCUCCGGAGCCAGCUGUCCACGAAGCGGUUUAAGGGUUCAAGGAGGGGCUGGAGGCAGGCCCGCACCGAGCGCGGCCGCCCCCGGCUGGCGCAGACAGGCGGAUGGAAGGCGCGGCCCGCCCGGCGGCGCUGCCCCGAGGCGGCGGGGCCCGGGGGCGGCCGCCGGGAAGAGCCGCCCUCGGCCUCCGCCUCAGGCCGCGGCUCAGCCCCAGGCCUGCGCCUACCCACGGCCCAGCUCCCGGCGUCGGGGGAUGAGCAAACUGAAAAAGCUAAGUGAAGAUAGUUUAACUAAACAGCCUGAAGAAGUCUUUGAUGUUCUGGAGAAACUUGGUGAAGGGUCUUAUGGUAGUGUGUUUAAAGCAAUACACAAAGAAUCUGGACAAGUUGUAGCAAUUAAACAGGUCCCCGUGGAGUCAGAUCUUCAAGAAAUAAUUAAAGAAAUCUCUAUAAUGCAACAGUGUGACAGUCCCUAUGUUGUCAAGUACUAUGGCAGCUAUUUUAAGAACACAGAUCUCUGGAUUGUUAUGGAAUAUUGUGGAGCUGGCUCUGUUUCUGACAUAAUUAGACUUCGUAAUAAAACGCUAACAGAAGAUGAAAUUGCAACUAUUCUGAAAUCUACUCUUAAAGGACUUGAAUACUUGCACUUUAUGAGAAAAAUACAUAGAGAUAUAAAGGCUGGAAACAUCCUUCUUAACACUGAGGGACAUGCAAAAUUAGCUGAUUUUGGCGUGGCUGGCCAGUUAACAGAUACAAUGGCAAAACGUAAUACUGUUAUAGGGACUCCGUUUUGGAUGGCUCCUGAAGUAAUACAAGAGAUCGGCUAUAACUGUGUGGCAGACAUCUGGUCCCUUGGUAUCACUUCAAUAGAAAUGGCUGAAGGAAAGCCUCCAUAUGCUGAUAUUCAUCCAAUGAGGGCUAUUUUUAUGAUUCCUACAAAUCCUCCUCCAACCUUCCGAAAGCCAGAGCUCUGGUCUGAUGAAUUCACAGAUUUUGUGAAGAAAUGCUUAGUGAAAAAUCCUGAACAAAGAGCUACAGCAACACAGCUGCUACAGCAUACAUUUAUUAAGAAUGCCAAGCCAGUUUCAAUUUUAAGGGAUCUGAUCACUGAAGCUAUGGAGAUAAAGGCAAAGCGACAUGAGGAGCAGCAGAGAGAACUAGAAGAGGAGGAAGAAAAUUCAGAUGAAGAUGAGCUGGACUCUCACACAAUGGUGAAGACCAGUUCAGAGAGUGCUGGUACCAUGAGGGCCACAAGCACGAUGAGUGAAGGUGCUCAGACAAUGAUUGAACACAACAGUACUAUGUUAGAAUCGGACUUGGGGACCAUGGUAAUAAACAGCGACGAUGAUGAAGAGGAAGAUGGGACCAUGAAAAGAAAUGCUACUUCACCGCAAGUUCAAAGACCUUCUUUCAUGGACUACUUUGAUAAACAAGAUUCCAAGAACAAAAGCCCUGAAAACUGUAAUCAGAACAUGCAUGAACCUUACCACAUAUCCAAAAACGUUUUCCCUGAUAACUGGAAAGUCCCUCAAGAUGGAGACUUUGAUUUUCUAAAGAAUCUGAGUUUAGAAGAAUUACAGAUGCGAUUAAAGGCUUUGGACCCUAUGAUGGAACGAGAAAUUGAAGAGCUUCGUCAGAGGUACACUGCAAAGAGGCAACCUAUCCUAGAUGCGAUGGAUGCAAAGAAACGGAGGCAACAAAAUUUCUGAGUUUAUUUUCAGAGAUAAUCCUAUGGGUCAGUGUGGACACUGGUAACUUUUUAAGUCUGAAGGAAUCAAUUAUGAGAGUUUUCAAAAACCCAAUCUUCUGAAUUUUCCUUCACAAACAAUGACAAUUGGAGCAGUGAAAGAACAUACAUAUGGUGUUCUGCCAAGGCAGCGAAACACACUACCACUUGUUUGUAUUUUCAAAUGUUUAAUGUAAUAGAAGUUUAAUCUGUUACUUCCCAAUCUUUUUCAGGUGUAUAGUGGUAACUCAGUGUUGUACAUUAGGAGUUGUGUUUUGGAGCACCUGGAACUAUUUCUUCAUUGUGCAACACUACAGAGCCUUAUGUUGCAAUGUGUUUUCCUCCCACUUAGUAGCGUAUUUAUUAUGUAAUCUUUGGUUAUCCUAUUUAUUUUAUGCCUGUUUUAUUUUUUUCUUAGGAAGUACUAGGAUAAUAUUGUGGAGAGCAGAGCCAGAUUAAGUGAAAUUGAUAUUGUAGUAUAAUGAAAAGAAGCGCACCACUGUAUUAUCUUUUAAAACUCCAAUUUCAGUAAGCAUCCCAAUUCAGGACAGCACUUCAACAUGUACCCAGCCCAUUCUUAUAAGUAGGAUUUAAGUAUAAAAUAAGUAAUAGGCACAUGUUUUUCUGCUGUCCUGAAUCAGGGACUGUGGUUUUAAAUGAGCAAUACUGUUGUUAUGCUACAGAGCAUUCUUUUAGAAAGUAUUUCUGUCAUUUUUACGCACACUGAAUGAUCUCUUAUUUAACAAGAAAACAAGUGCCUAAUCAGUUUUGAUUUUUCUGUUAUGCAGCAGAAGCAAUACCUGCAGUCACUCCUUCAGUGUAAAUUUCCAAUUGCUAUUGCAAUUCUGACCAGUAUAAACCUCUAUUUUGCACCGUAGUUUUAUAAUGAAGCAACAGCUACAGUUUCUGAAUAUGUUUUUGGUUCAUUUAUGGUUUUUAUCACUGUUUUGAGGGAAGAGGGGAGUUAUUAGUGGUUUGGAUUGAGUUUGGUUUCACAUUAUAGAUAUGAAGGGAUAGUAAUUUAAAAGCCAAAGAAAAUAAAUUAAAUACUUAUAUAUUAAGUACUAAAAAGAAGCAACAUUUUGCAGUCCUCUAAGGGUUUUGUCCUGAAAUCACUAAACAUUCAGAAUUCCUGUAGUCUUCUGUUGGUAGACUUUGGGGAAUCAGAAAGGCAGGACCAAGCUCUUAAUAUCUUUUUACAAGUUCUUCUGUCUGGUUUAUAUUGUAGGAUAUCUAUCUAGUAGGCAGAAUUUACAACAUUGCAAGAAAUAUUUCGGACUUAGCAGAAAAUGUGAUCCACUUUCUGAACAAUCUACUGUGUUCUCUACCGAUAUCUUUACUAUUGUUGCCUUUUGUGUAAAUAACUUUACGUGAUAGUCAUACUUCUUUAAACAGUACAGCUGAAAAGAUCUUUACGUUCAACCUUCAGCUGUUAAAACUUUUAAUGGUGACUACUAUAUGGGCAUCUUCUGUUAAAUGUUUUCUGGAAGUUAGUUAUCAUCUCAUACCUCUUAACAUUUACCUUUGUCAUAUGUGGACCAUUUAGUUGGAGCAGUGCUGAUUUUGGAAAUGGUGCGUUAUAUCAUAAAGCUUAUGGAAAAGGAAAACAGAAGUUUUCACAAGAUCAGCAUGCCACAGCUAUGCUGGGACUUGGGUUCGAGGUGUAUACAGCCAUUGUUGUCAUUGUCAUUCUGUGUGUGUGUUUGCGUGCAUGCCACGCUCGUAACAUGUAAACCCUAGAGUCAAAUAAAUUUUAAUUGUGAUUGCUAGAACAUCCUUACCCUCAACUCUCUUCAUAAUUUCUUAAAGUAAUGAACAUUCCUUAUGAGAAAGCAAGAACACAGAAGAUCUUAAGAAUUACUUUAGGCAAGGUACAAUGCAUCUGGUAGUCCUAUGCCUCACGUUUAUACAGUGAAAUGAUGUAAAGUAAAAAAUGUUAUGAACAUAUCACCAUGUCAUUAGAUUCUAAUCAUAAUACAGCAAAAAAUAACAAUACCAACCUCCUCCUAUUAGUAUGAUUCUUAUUUAUUUUAAAUGAAUUUCUAAUUCUUAAACUUUCUAUUCUCAAAAACUCAAAGGUAUGUGUGUGUACAUAUAUUUGUGUAGGUAUACACAUAUAUAUGCAUAUCUAUAUAUAUAAGAAAAAAGAAAAAAAACAGGUUCAAAUCAUCAGGAGAAGAACCUGGCUUGCCUUUUCUUGGUGUGCCUUUUAAGCAAAGUGUCACUGUCCAGACACUCUUGCUUGCAUCACAGAAUCAUUUAGGUUGGAAAAAGACCUUUGAGGUCAUCAUUAGCAGCUUUCUUUGCCCUUACUCUCUUAAACUUUUCCCACCAAAAUUAAGACUUUGGUUUUGAAUAAUGUGGCUUUACAGUGUAACAAACAAUGUAAUAAAAUUAUAACAGUUUUCAUAUUUUGUGUGUGCUGAAAGCUUUAGUAAUGCAGUGCACUAAAUAUGAAUUGUCUGUCCAGAGGGACUCUAGUGCAAGGCUGGUUUAGACUAGAGCUCUUGUGAUCUGACAUCUGAAAGGUAUCAAAGGAUAAAGGACAUCCUUUCUUCAGUCCUGAUCUGUCUGCAUAGAAACAAAUUGAAUUAAUUUUGUGCAGAUGCAGGCAAAAAAUCUGAAAGCCAUGGAAUAAAAUAAACAACUGUAAACAAGCUACUUCAUGGGUGGAAAAUAGCUUCUGAUAUACCAUAAACUGGGCAGUUAUAGGAUGUUUUCGACCAAAGAAUACUAUCACCAAUUAAUAUGAAAUCAGUAAUGCUUCCCUUCUGAUAUGGUGCACGCUGCAGUCAGUGUAAGAGCUGUCUUUGGCUUCAGAAGCCAGUGUAUUUAUUGGGCUCUAAAUUAUGUGCAAAUGUAACAUAGAAAUAGGUUUUAUACUGAGAGAUGGAUACAACUUAUUUUUUCUUUCUUCUGUUUAUAAAAAUCAAUCAAAUCGUCCAUGCUGGUGACUACACAUCUCUACUGGAGGAUGGGCAUCUCUGUAAAGGAAGUGUGACAGUAUAAUAAAUAAGACAUUUUAAAAGCAAGCCUUGCAGGAAAUCUGGUAGAACUACUGACAAGUUAACCUUCAGUAAGAUUUUAACCAAGCAAUUUCUUGUUUGCUUCUGACUUUGUAUGUUUAGGUUUAGUAAGUAAAACAAAUUUUGAAAAAUCAUUACUUAUUACUAAAUAUUUGUAAUAAAAGCUAAUUUUUCAUGCAUAA